AUGCCAGCGAGGAACUUCUGCAUCCAUGUGGAACUGGUGUGCACCUGCCUGAACGAGCAGCUGGCAGGAGAGAUGCUGUGCUUCCUCCACCACCCCGAGGAGGAGCUGAGGAGAAAUCAGAACUCCAGCCUCCUAAGCACCCUCUGCACCAGCUCCUACCUAGAUGUGCAGAAAACUGCCCUCUGGUUCCAAAACUUGGUGAAAGAUGCCUGGUAGGUUUUGCAUCAGUCAUACAAAUACCGUCUAAUGGUGCUGCCCUCCAGCCGCUCCUGCAAAUUCCAGGUGACAAAAGGCAACAACGGAAGCCUCUGCAUUGAGGUGAUGUUUGGGGUGCGGCAAGGCAACUCGGACAUCUUCGUGAGCAGCCAGACUAGAGAGACCAUCUUCACCCCAAGCACGAUGUGGCCAGAGAGCUACGCUGUGGCAGAGGUGAAUUUCUUCAGGCAUGUGGCCAGGCAUGCCCCACACGACAGCUUCCACCUCAAAUGCCUGCAGCUCUGCACCCGCAUCCUGGUGUGCACAGGCUUUUCCACCUAUACCGUGAAGACAGCUGUGAUGCACCUUCUGACCGCCAUAUCCCUGUCACACUGGGGCAGGAGGGAUUUCCUGCUGCGGAUGCUGGACAUCAUGCGGUACCUGCGCUGCUGCCUGGAGCAGAAACGCCUCAACCACUUCUUCUUUGGCAAUGAGAACGUGCCCGAGGAGAUAAUCUUGCCCCUAGCCUUCAAAACGGCCAAACCGCUCAACCUCUUCCAGCACCUGGCGCAGGACCCAGCUGCCCACGCCAAGGCACUGCGUGAGUUCAUGGAGCUGCGAGAUCUGGUCACAAGACUGCUGAUCUUUGGCCGCUGA